AUGAUGGUCCGUAGCAGCAGCAGCAGCUGUUGUUGCUGGUGCUACAGCCGGGCGGUACACACGGCACUUGUGUGCAGCCUUCUCGUUGUUCUUUGCAUUGGUGGCCCGUCAGCCGUCUGCGGAGUCGAGGCGGACGAUGAUACAAUCCGUCGCUUGCUAGCCGCAGGGGAUAAGGCACUGGGUCAGGGGCGCGCACACUAUGGGGAGGCGCUCUCAAAGUAUACAGCUGUCCUCGCUCGAUGGCCCAAGAAUGAACGUGCGCUGUACAGUCGCGCAGAGCUAUACUCGAUGAUGAGGGAGCGCGCGGCAGCGCUGGACGACCUGAACGCGCUUCUGACGGUCAACAAGGAUCAUCCGCAGGGACUGGCGCUGCGUAUGUCGCUGAACACGCAGUUGGGAAAUCUCGUGGACGCGCAUCGUGAUGGCAAGCAUCUGGUUCGCGUCUAUAAAGCGCUCAACAAGCCCGAUAAGUCACAACAGACAUCAGAGAAGGUGCACCGUCUCGAGCGCUACACGGUACGUUGGACAGCGUUGUCGGAUUUGUGGUCGCAGCCGGUGGGCGCCUACACCGCCGCCACCAACGACGCCGUACUCAUGCGCAAGUACAGGGAAUGCGUUGACCUGCUCGCGCGAAUCAUUCACGAGUUUUCGAUGGAGAGCGUGGAACUUCGUCUGCGCCGUGCUGCCUGUGCUCUGGCAGCUGACGAUAACAUCGCCGCCACGCAAGAGCUCAAGUAUGUUACGCAGCGCAGCCCACAGAACCUCGACGCUAUCGCCCUCAACGCGCAAGCACUGCGCAGGCUCGGUGCGCUGGACCAGUCCAUGUCGGAGCUGCGCCGCUGCCUUAACCUCGACCCCGAGUACGCCCCAUGCGCAAAUCUACACAAGCUGAUCCGUCAGCAGCAGCGCAUGACAAAGAACAUAGAGAAGAGGUUACAGGAGAAGAAAUUUGAGGCGGUAGUGCAGUUAAUUGCUGAGACCCGCGCUGCGGAGCCGCACGCGCCGUACGAAGAGCAGCUGGCGGCGUGGCACUGUGAGGCGCUGGUGAGUUUGCGCAGCACAGACGAGGGCAUUCGUGUGUGCCAGGCGCUCGUGGACCGCUACGAUGGCGCGAACAACCCUACUGUCUUUGAUGCACACAUCCGCUUGGCGGAGCUGCACCUGCUCGACGACAACAUAGCCGCGGCAGAGGCAGCGCUGCAGAAGGCGCGCGAGAUACGACAGCACGACGGCAAGGUGGAGGAGAUGCGACUGAAGAUCGAAAAACUGAAGCGCACCGGCCCCCGCAAGGACUACUACAAGAUUUUGGGUCUCAAGAAGACAGCGUCGGCGCAGGAAAUUCGACGUGCGUACCGCAAGCUCGCCAAGUCAAGCCAUCCAGACCAGCUGCGCUCGAAGGACAUGACGGAUCGGGAGCGCGAGAAGCAGGAGAAGAUGUUCCGUGACGUGAACGAAGCGAAAGAGGUUCUGCUGGACGAAGAAAAGCGUGCCCGGUACGACAGUGGCGAGGACGUGAACCAGCCAGCUGGGCAGCGGGGCGAGCCGUUUUUUGGUAGCCACUUUGCCGGCGGCUUCCCUGGCGGCUUCCCCGGCGGCUUCCCUGGCGGCUUCCCCGGCGGCUUCCCUGGCGGCUUCCAUCAGCAGCGCGACGGCGGCGUUCAUCAGCAGUUCUUCUUUUUCAACCGUGAGAAUUAG